AGAGAGCCAUGGACGAGUGUCAAGUCCGAGGGCUAAUUCCUGAGCAGGUCUAUUUACUGGGUCGUAUGGGAGAUCUGAAGAAGGCCUUGACCUUGAUUACAACAAAGUUGAAGGACGUUACCCAGGCUAUUGAGUUCUGUAAGGACAAGAAUAACGAGGAGCUGUGGGCGGAUCUCAUUAAAUUCAGCAUAGACAAACCAUCUUUUAUCAAAGGAUUACUUCACAACAUUGGGACUCAUGUGGAUCCCAUCAGACUGAUCCCUCAAAUUCAGAACGGAAUGGAAAUCCCAGGAUUAAGGGACUCAUUGGUUAAAAUCCUCCAGGACUAUAAUCUUCAGAUAUCAUUAAGAGAGGGUUGUAGAAGAAUUCUGGUAGCUGACAGCUUUAACUUACUAGACAGACUGGUCAAAACCCAGAGAAGAGGUGUAGCUGUGGACAGUAGUCAGUCUUGUCCUAUUUGUCAACAGCGGAUCAUAGUAACAGAUUUGCGAUAUGCCAGCAAUGUUGUUUUAUUCCACUGUAAACAUGCAUUCCACGAAGAUUGUUUACCCACAAACUCAAUGGAGCGUUGUACAAUCUGUAGUACACAAAGGAGGGGACCUGGAUCUAAGGGCGUGGUCAAGUAAUGUCAAUCAAGUAGUGCUCCAAUCAAAUGCUGGCUAAAGAUUGAUAAUCAAUGGAAUGAUUAAAACGUUAUUAAGCAUUCUGUUAAACAUAAUCAUAGUUAUUGUGCUUGUAUUUUU